UGAUUUCCUCCCUUCUGUAAUAAGCAGCCAAUGAGUUCUCACGGAAGGUGAUAAUUCUGACUAAAACUACAGAAUAAAGCCGCCAGUUAAAAUCAAGGAACGGUUGAGCUCGUGGUUACUGAAGGGAGCUACAGUGAGAACUCAAUGCUCUUCACGAGCAAGAGAGAAAGAAGAAUCACAUCCAGCUGUAAAACGUCUACAAGAUUCCCAAAUCCUGGUAGACCCUGUCAUCUGCCAGAUAAGAGUUUUGCACCUACCUGCAAACUAAGAAGAAAAUCUCCACAUAAGGAAGCAUCGUGAGGCAACAUAAGGUCAAGACUAACAGGAAAGUCAGACACGCAAGUACAAGUCAAGGUGUUUGAAGGUGGUCCUAGCCUUGUGAACAGCUAAUAAGAGACUUUAAGAUUACAAUUCGUAAGGACUGGAGAUAGUUGUCUAUUUCAUAAAUACUCUGGUAUUAUGCAUUUGCUCUUUCUAUCUUAAUGUAUCACUGGUAUGUGUAUUACUGAAAAAUAUUAUUUGAUACUUACUAAAAAUAUAUAUAUAGUCACAAACAUUAAGGGUCAGCGUACACCUAUUAAUUAUAUAUUCACAUGUAAGUUAAUAGUGUAAUUGUUUGGUAAGGUGUUUGUUCAAGCCUUUGUUACAAGCAUUAUACAUGUUUAUACCACGUACUGAGUUUUAAAUUACAGUGAAUUAGAGUAUAAAUUACCUACUCACUUAUCCAAACCUUAGCUAGAAUUGAUUUGACUUGAUUUAGAAUGUCAGAAAGAGGUAGUUUCACUAAAGGUGAUAGAGAUGGGGUGGGUCAAGUUGAGCAGCUGCAGCAACACCUCGCAAACUUUGAGCCUUCAUCAGAACAAACAGAACAGCAGGAAGAGGCCCAGACUGGUGUGGAGUCACUUCGGCCAGUGAAUGAUGAUACAGAGGCUGCUAAUGAGAUAGCACAACAAGAGCCACGAAAAGGUGAGAGGGUCCGCAGGUUAACUGAAAAGGGCAGAGAACUGCGCGACGAAAGGUGGAGACAGCUCGAACAUCGUUUCAGGGUCAGCUAUGAGAAGUGGAAGGCUCUGGUAAAGGAAGCAAAACUGUCACUGACAGGCUGUUGCUCUGAAGACCUACUAGAAGACCUCUUAAACAAGAUUAGCCAUACCUCUACAGAGCUAAACCUUGUCUACGUAAAUUUGCGUCAAAUCGACAUUCCCGACAACGAUAUACGACGCAGAGUUGAUACUUGUGAAGCAGUUACAAUGUCUAUUAUCAAGACUGUAAGGUGUCAUUUAAAAGGCAGGGAAGAAGGUCAAAGUAACCAGAUAGAGUUGCACUGGAAGGACAGCAAUUCCUUGUGCAUGUCUGAACUCUCACAUAAGUCAAGUCUCAACUAUCAGCCCUCAAGUGCUUCCUCCCAGUCUCAAAGCAACUCAAAGGUCAACUCCAGACGCUCAAGCGUGUCAUCUGUCAAGAGACAAGAGGCUGCGGCGGAAGUUGCUGCUAAUCAAGCAGCUUUAGAAGUAAUGGUUAAGCAAGAACGCCAACUAGAAGAGCUUCAGCGACUCGAAGAUGAAGAUAAGAAGAGGACAGCGGAGCAAGAAGCUGAGGCUGUGAAACGCAGCUUAGAAGAAGCUAGGCUGCGAGUCAAGUUAGAGGUAGAAAAUGCUGCCAGACGAAGGACACUAGAAGACAAGCGUAGAGAGUUAGAGCGCCUAGAAGUGCUCAAGAAACUAAAUGCUGCCAAGGCGCGAAUGCAAGUGUAUGAGCAAGAUGAAAACUCAGAGGACGAAAAGAGAGAACUACUCUCUAACUGCAAAUCUGUGAAAGAAGUCACGCACAGACGUGGCUCAUUUCAGUCUCUCACCACAACAUGUUGUGACAAGCACACAGCAAGAAGAUGGCACCAAGACCAUGUUCAGGUUACUAGCGGAAUCAAUCAGUGA